GAUGGAAGGAGGUCAAGAGGGGAAGGAAAAACAGAACGGACUGGAUAGUGUGCAGCCAUUCACAACACAAGUGGAGCACUACUCAAGGAGGACGAGAAGGGCUGUGCUGCUCGACUUCUUGAUUUCUUUCUUUUCUCACCAUUUAGGAGAGGGCAUUAAGCAUGUCCAAGGCAGGAGAAAGGACACCCUCUACAACUUCUGUCGACUCAGCCGCAACAGAUGGCAAAGAUGGGGACCCCAAGGAUACCCCACCAGGUUCAAUCUCUGAAACACCCAAGAAAUCAUCAAAGAAGUCCAAGAAAAACACUGAGAGUAUGAACAAAGUUUACAACUCUGUGAUCAACAGUGUUUUUGGGGCGGACAGAGAAUUAGCUCAGGCUGAGUUGGACGAGUUGCAAGAGGCCUUUAAAGAGUUUGACUAUGAUCAAGAUGGAUACCUGAACUACAAGGAUGUGGCUGAAUGCAUGAGGACCAUGGGAUACAUGCCCACAGAAAUGGAGCUGCUGGAGAUAGUACAACAAAUCAAGAUGAGAAUGGGGGGGUUAAUGGAUUUUGAAGACUUUACUGAACUGAUGGGACCCAGGAUGAUGGGAGAGACUGCUCACAUGCUGGGACUCAAAGAGCUCCAAUCGGCCUUUGUACAGUUUGACCUCGAUGGAGAUGGAAAGAUCAACCAGGAUGAGAUGAAGGAGGCGGUCAAGACGCUGCUGGGGGAGAAGCUGAAGAAAGGAGAACUGGAGGAGAUCUUAAAGGAGCUGGACAUUAACGCAGACGGAAACAUUGACUUUGAAGAGUUUGUGAUGAUGCUCUCCAUUCGCUAGCUGCUGAAAAGACUGACACAAGGACAGGAUACACUAAUGCUUCUGAAUCAUUCCACACAUAGUUGAUACAACGACAACCAAAUAUUGAUAAUUUGGUUGUGUUUGUAAUGUAGGUAAAGACUUUUACAAUGUAAUGUGUGCCUAAAAAAUUGUAUGAAUACUGUAUGACUCCUGUAUUGGAUACAGAUCAUCAAAUAUGGUGUGUGCUGUCAACAGAGUUAUUUUGGUAGAUACAUGAACCUUUUGCAGUGAUAUAACAUGUAAAUAAGACUGAAAUCUUUUGCUAUUUUAAUAAAGAAAUCAAAAUUA